CGAUCAGCGGCGGACAAGUGUACAGUGCUCCCGACGUCGACGACGAUGUCGACGGCCCCAUUAACCACAUUCCCGCCGAGUGCGGUCCCCCACAAACAUGUUCUUCUCUCCGAGAUCCUCUCCGUCACGUCCGUCAUGCGCAAGAACUCGCGCUGGGCGACAUCCACUCACUUCUUCAACGCCCGCGACACGUCCCUCGGCACCACGCUCGGGCUCCGGAUCGCGUCGCCCACGGCCGCGGCGCACUCUCCCGGGACGGGGACACGCGAGGCGGACCUGAUGGCUGGCUUUCAGGAGGUGAAGCGCGCGGUGAGGGAGGUCGAGGAUAUCUCAGGAAUGUCACUGACGACGCUGCUGGCCCCUUUCUUCGCGAUCAUACGCUCGCCGCUGUCUACGGGGCCCAUCACCUCCGCGGCGCUUUCGUCGCUGCACAACUUCUUCCUCUGCGGGCUCAUCUCGCCCAAUUCAGUGAACCUGGAGUCUGCGCUCGCGGAGCUCAGCAAUACGGUGUCGCACUGCAAGUUCGAAGCUAGUGACUCGUCUGGAGAUGAGGUCGUACUGCUCAAGAUCAUGACAGUGAUCCAGGACUGUAUGUGCAGUAGUAUGGGCAAUGUCCUUGGCGAUGUGGAGGUAUGUGAGAUGCUGGAGACGGUCUUGACGACGUGUUGUCAAAUGCGUCUGAGUGAGGUCCUGCGACGAUCCGCGGAGAACGCGAUGCAACUCCUUGUUCGGACAGUGUUCUCGCGUCUGCAUACACUCGAUCCGGAGGAAGAGGAACGCAAGCUUGCUGAAGAAGAGUCCGAUGCGCAAGACGGCGAAAACAAGUUAUCUGUAUCCGCGUCUAGUGGUCCAGCUGCUGCGCUCACACCGGCGAAAUCACCGGUCGACUCUCCAGAGCCAGAGACGUCAGGGCAGGAAGUAUCGCAGGACGCAAUCCCACAACCAUCAGAGAGUGUAACUGCUAUGCAGGCGUCUACCUCAAGGUCACAAUAUGGCUUACCGUCGAUUAUCGAGCUGCUGCGCGUCCUGGUGAACGUCCUCGACCCCAACGACCAAUCGCACACCGACUCGACGCGUCUCAUCGUUCUCAGCAUCCUCAAUGCGGCCAUCGAAGCCGCUGGCCCCCGCAUCAUGCUAUUCCCCUCCCUCGAAGCUCUCGUCCUCGACGGCGGCUGCAAGUACCUCUUCCUCCUCGCGCGCUCCGAGAACAUGCACGUCCUCCACUCCGCCCUCCGCACUAUCACCGCACUUUUCGUCACCAUGAGCCCGCAUCUCAAGCUGCAACAAGAGCUGUUCCUGACGUUUUCUAUCGACCGGUUAGCGACGCCUAUCCUUCCGAACAAGACGCAGCAUUCACAUCUGGCGGGUACACCGAGGAUAGGCUCCCCGAGGCCGGGCACUCCGGCUAUCGGCCCUCAAGAGCCUGCCGCGGAUGCUGAAGGCGGGACUGCUACGCCUCCCAGGCCGAUGGUACCGCCAGCUCGUGGCGAGACACGGGGGCUCAUGCUGGAGACCCUCGGGCAGAUAUCAAGACACCCGAGUUUCAUGGUCGAUCUCUACACGAACUACGACUGCGACAUCAACUGCGAGAAUGUGUUCGAGCGACUGGUCGAUUUCUUGACCAAGGCUGUAUACCCAUCAAAUCCCAAUAUACCUAUCGACGUGCAGCACAGGAACACGCAAUACCUCUGCCUGGACUUGCUGCUUGCGUUCGUCAACGACAUGGCUACACGGGGGCAGGGUAAAGCUCAACCAUGGCCUGAGAACAACCCACCCAUCGACUCCUUGCUGCAGACAAAGGCCGAGAAGAAGCUCAUCCUCGCUGGCGCCGCCCAAUUCAACCGCAAGCCCAAAGCCGGGAUCGCGUUUUUGGAAGAGCACAAGCUCAUCUACCAGGACCUUUCCGACACGGUCGACAAGAACAAGAGCUUGGCAAUGUUCCUCAAGAGCUGCAACCGCAUAGACAAGAAAGUCCUCGGAGAGUUCUUGGCGAAGCCAGAAAACUUGGAUUUGUUGAAGACGUUCAUGAGCUUGAUCGACUUCAAGGGAAAAGACAUCACCGACGCUGUGCGAGAACUGCUUAACUCCUUCCGCCUGCCUGGCGAGUCGCAGCAAAUUUCGCGGGUGACGGAGAUAUUCGCGGAGACGUAUCUUGCGUCUGGGCCACCAGACUUCAAGAGCGCCGACCCCAUCUUCGUGCUCACGUUCUCGAUCAUCAUGCUGAACACAGAUCUGCAUAGCCCGCAGAUUCGGAAACGUAUGACCUUUGAGGACUACUCAAAAAACUUGCGGGGCGUCAACGAUGGACAGGACUUCACUGAGGAGUAUCUGCGCAGGAUCUACGAGAACAUUCGAAAGCAGGAGAUCGUGAUGAGCGAGGAGCAUACCGGCCAGCUUGGGUUCGAGCACGCCUGGCAGGAGCUGUUGACACGGUCUCGUGUGGCAGGCGAGUUCAUGAUCUGCAACACCAACGCCUUCGACCUCGAGAUGUUCAAGACCGUCUGGCGGCCCGUCAUCUCCACCAUUGCCUAUGCCUUCAUCAGCUUCGACGACGACUAUAUCAUUCAGCGUGCCAUUGCAGGCUUCAGGCAAUGCGCGACGCUGGCUGGGCAGUUCAAUCUGCCAGACGUCUUCGACUACGUCGUGGUUUCGUUGUCGCAAGCGACGAGCUUGCUGCCUGAUACCCUGCCUGCGCAGGUGCCAAUUUACCCGGUGGUCGACUUCGAUGGGCAGUCGGUGACUGUGUCAGGCUUGUCAGUCAACUUUGGGACAAACUUCAAGGGGCAGUUGGCAGCUGUCGUGCUGUUCAACAUUGUCAAUGGGAAUGGCAACGCAUUACGCGAAGGGUGGACGCAGAUCUUCGAGAUGUUCCAGAACCUCUUCCUGCACUCCCUGCUGCCUACUCGCAUGCUGCAAAUGGAGGACUUCCUCGGCGGUGUCUCUAUGAUCCCCCUCCGCGGCGCCCAACCACCUCGACCUGCCGCUCGCGGCGACGGCGGUCUCCUUUCCGCACUCUCCUCCUAUCUCAUGACGCCCUACAGCGCCAGCAACGAAGCCCUCGUUCCCGACGCGACGGACUCCGACGUCGAGAACACGCUCUGCACAAUCGACUGCAUUGCGUCGUGCCGGCUCGAUGAGCUCUACAGCCAGAUCAUGCAGCUCGACCUCGACGCGCUGAUCGCGGCUGUGAGAGCAUUGGAGGCGCUCGCGCAUGAGCGGACUGUAGCGAGGCUGAAGCUGGCGCCAGAGGAGGUCACAGAGGAUGGCAAACCCUUCACGCUGCCGUACGAUCCAGCGUCGGUGUUCUUGCUGGAGACCAUGGUCAGCAUUGCGUGCCAGGCCCCGCAGUACAUCGAAGAGACUUGGCCCAUCGUAUUCGGCCACUUGUCAGCCUUGCUAUCAUCCGCUUCGCAGUACAGCGCUUUACUUGUAGAACGGGCGGUCGUUGGCCUGUUGCGAAUUUGUUUAAUCCUGGCCGUGACGCCCUCUUUGCGCGACCAAAUCUACGUCUCCUUUGACUUGCUCGCUGGUCUACCGCGCACUGUCACCAACUCCGUUGCAGAGCAAAUCGUCGCCGGUGUUGUCCUCAUCGUGCGCAAGCAUGGUGAAAUUAUCCAGUCGCAAACGGAAUGGAGCCUUGUGUCUGCCUUGCUUCGCUCGACCAUUUCGCACCCCGAAGCCGGUCGUGAAUGCUUUGAGCUCGUUUCCAGUCUUUUGACGGACGGACCGUCGCAAGCCAUCUCUGUGGACAGCUUUUCUAGCCUUGUCAUGUUGCUCGACGAGUUUGCGACGUACGCCGGCCAGAAGGUUGACUUGCCACAACACCGUGGAAGGAGGGGAGAGCAAGUCAGCGCAGCAAGCUCACCCGUGAUUGACCGCGGCAAGAAGGCAGUCGACUUCAUGGUCGAGUUGCAGAAACACAUCUCUUCCGUCGCAUCCGCUGCCAGCUUGUCACCCGAGCUGGCUUGGAGGCAGCUAAGCUUGCCGCUCAUCAGCGCGCUCAGCCGCCAAUCCACCAACCCCUCGCGCGAGAUCCGGCACAACGCCGUUGCCCAUCUCCAACGCGUCCUUCUCGGUCCCCACGUCAUCAUCUCCGACACCCAAACCGAGGACGUCUUCAACCGCAUUCUCUUCCCCCUCCUCGACGAGCUCCUCAAGCCCGAGGUCCUCCAGCGCGACCCGCGCGGCAUGCAGGAGACCCGGCUGCGCGCCUCUGCGCUCCUCUGCAAGGCCUUCAUGCACUUCGAAGUCCGCGACAGCCAGACGAGCGACCUGCGCAUUCUGUGGAUCGAGAUCCUCGACCUGCUCGACCGGCUGAUGAACGCGGAUAAGGGCGAGCAGCUGUACGAGGCGGUGCCGGAGAGCCUGAAGAAUGUGCUGUUGGUAAUGCACGCGACGGGUAUUCUGGUGCCGCCGCCGGCAGACGAGGGAGAGGAGGAUAAGCGGACCGAGGGGCAGCAGACGUUAUGGAAUGCGACACAAGUCAGGAUGGAGAGGUUCUUGCCUGGGUUCUUGAGGGAGGUGAUUCCUGCGCCGGAGCCGGUUGCGAAACCAUCAUCGACGCCUCAAACACCGGUUGAGCCUACCACUUGAACCCGUGUCCGGACAGCGUAGUGCGUGGAUGUGUUUUCCUAUCGUAACUUAUUGCCACUGCCCCGGAUACAGUACUGCAUAUACAACGAAUACACUGCGUCAGAAUCCAUUUUGGAC